AGUAAUACCAGUCUCUCGUGUAGAGUCAUACCAGUCUCUCGUGUAGAGUCACUCUUUGCCAAUUACAAUGCAAACGGUAACUAAUGAUUCACAAGCGAACCCACAGGCACAGGCUCCUCCAGUCUACAAUCAACCCGCCGGCCACAGCUCCUAUAAUGUACAGCCUUUUACAAGUAUGGUUGUGGAGAGAACAAGACCAGAAAACUAUUUAGUGAUGGCUAUUCUUGUGACGCUCUGCUGUUGUUUUCCCUUCGGACUCAUCGGUGUUGCUUACAGUAUUAGUAGUUCAAAUAGGUUUGACAGUGGAGAUGAUGCAGGGGCUAUGGCUGCUGCUAAUUUGGCGAAAAAAUGGUCGAUCACCGGUUUGGUUUUCGGUAUCGUCAUCAUUGUCCUCUCCUUAACGUUCGUCAUAUUAGUGAACACGGUGCUGGUUCCUGUGAUUUUUUCUGCGGCACUUUCAGCCGUGCCUCCCACAUCGCAGCCUACAUCCUACUAGGGAAUUGUUUAGGUCUGCAGCUGCGUAAUGUGGAAAACCAAUGUUGUUUUUAUUGUCAUUGAUAUAUUGAUAUAUUUUCUUGUAAUCGUAAUGUUCGAAAAUGAACGUAUACCUUUUAAAGAAUAAUAGUUAACCUUUUACGGAAAAGAAAUAGUUGUAAGAAAAAGAACUAAACAGAUACAUGUUAGUUUUCGACUAGGCCUACUUAAGAUUUUAAAAAGCAUCUUGUCUGUAGAGUGAAGUUUUAAAGAACGUCACAGUUCCAAAAUUUCACAUUAUAUCAGGUCUAUUUAUCGGCUCUGUUUUUCGAAUCAUAGUAACUUUAUUCGUCUACAUAUUUUUUUUUUCAUUAUUGUAAGAAAUGUUUUAUCAAUAAAUUUCAUGCACAUACAGACUAUUUUGCGCUUUACAUGUACUACAGUAUCACCAUUAAAAUUACCACUGGUCAUUUUAUAGAUGACGCCCUCUAUGACUGUAUACCUAGGAUCUUCUCCAGGAGCCACGCUAUUUUGAAUAAAUUUGAGGUUUUAUAACAGUACACGACAAUACUUGCCUAUAAGUUAUAAAUAUUAAUUAAUGUAAUCAAACGUAUAAUUAAUUAAAGCAUUGUAAAAAAAUAUGAUAAAAUAGGGUACAACACAAGGUUCUUAACUUAACGAGCAAGUUAAUUUUGAUUACAGUAGACCCUCUUGUGGGACACCCCUAUUCAGGGACGCCACUAUUAUGGGAACACUUUUAAUAUAUAUCUUUUAACAAUAUAUGUUUUAACACUACAGCCAACCCCCCUAUUAAGGAGACACCUCUAUUAAGGGGACGGGGACACUUUUUGAGUGGGCAAAUGGUCGAAUCAUUUUUAGAAGGUUCAUUGGAUGACUAGUGCAUGUGUAAAUUUCGAGUUCGAUUACAUUAACCAUGGAGAUUUCUUGUUUUGUGGAUUUUGCAAUAGGAUUCUAAUUUCCUAAGAGGCUGCACCCUGAUUUCGAAAUUGGCACUAUCCAUAUCCAUACCUGGCUUAUUUCCAAUAGACUAACUCUUAACAUUGAUAAAACGGAGGUGAUGUUAAUUGGCACACCUCAGCGGCUAAAAAAUAUAGAAAUUGACGUAUCUUUUGCUGGCAAACGGAUUAAAAAAGUUACUAUGCACAAGCACCUUGGUGUUUAUAUUGACAAUAAGCUUGACUGGCAUUCACAUGUCAGCAAACUUUGCUCCAAACUUGCACAUAAAAUUCACAUUUUAGCCAGAAUAAGAACUUUUAUUUAUUCUAUAAUACAAGCUAAUUCUCCCACAUAUUGACUACGGUGCCCUCUUGUGGGGUACACGCAGC